UCCUCCGCCGCCGUCUCGUCUCGUCUCGUCGGUUCACUCGCCCACUCUCUCCUGAUCUCCUCGACUCUGUCUACUGUCUUCCUCUCGCUUCGCUGAGUGAGCUGCGGCGGGUGGCCAUGGCGUCGUCGACGGGGGGCUUGAACCACGGGUUCACGUUCACGCCGCCCUCCUUCAUCACGUCGUUCACGGAGCUGCUGUCCGGUGGCGCCGGGGACAUGCUCGCCGCCGGCGAGGAGAGGUCGCCGAGGGGGUUCUCCCGCGGCGGGGCUGCGGGGAGGGUGGGGGGUGCCGGGGUGCCCAAGUUCAAGUCCGCGCAGCCGCCCAGCCUGCCGCUCUCGCCGCCGCCGUUGUCGCCGUCGUCCUACUUCGCCAUCCCGCCGGGGCUCAGCCCCACCGAACUGCUCGACUCCCCUGUCCUCCUCAGCUCAUCUAACAUCUUGGCGUCGCCGACCACCGGUGCGAUCCCGGCGGCUCACAGGUACGACUGGAAGGCCAGCGCCGAUCUCAUCGCUUCUCAGCAAGAUGACAGCCGUGACGACUUCUCCUUCCACACCAACUCCGACGCCAUGGCUGCGCAGACGACCUCUUUCCCUUCCUUCAAGGAGCAGGAGCCGCAGGUAGUAGAGGCGAGCAAGAACAGCACCGUCUCGAGCAACAAGAGCGGCUCCGGCGGCGGUAAUGGCGGGAACAACAAGCUGGAGGACGGGUACAACUGGAGGAAGUACGGGCAGAAGCAGGUGAAGGGGAGCGAGAACCCGCGGAGCUACUACAAGUGCACCUACAACAGCUGCUCCAUGAAGAAGAAGGUGGAGCGCUCGCUCGCCGACGGCCGCAUCACGCAGAUCGUCUACAAGGGCGCGCACAACCACCCCAAGCCGCUCUCCACCCGCCGCAACGGCUCCUCCGGCUGCGCCGCCGCCGCCGCCUGCGCCGAGGCCGACCUCCCGGCGCCCGGCGCCGGGCCGGACCAGUACUCCGCCGCCACGCCCGAGAACUCGUCCGUCACGUUCGGCGACGACGACGCCGAGAACGGGUCGCACUCCCACCGCAGCGACGGCGACGAGCCCGAAGCCAAGCGCUGGAAGGAGGAUGCGGACAACGAGGGCAGCUCCGGCGGCAUCGGCGGCGGCAACGGCGGCAAGCCGGUGCGCGAGCCGAGGCUGGUCGUGCAGACGCUGAGCGACAUCGACAUCCUCGACGACGGCUUCCGGUGGAGGAAGUACGGCCAGAAGGUCGUCAAGGGCAACCCCAACCCAAGGAGCUACUACAAGUGCACGACGGUGGGCUGCCCGGUGCGGAAGCACGUGGAGCGGGCGUCGCACGACACGCGCGCCGUGAUCACCACCUACGAGGGCAAGCACAACCACGACGUGCCCGUCGGCCGCGGCGGAGGCCGCGCCCCGGCGGCGUCUCUGCCGCCGGCCCCCGCGUCGGCGUCUUCCUUCCCGGCGGCGAUCCGUCCGUCUGCCGUCGCCGCCCAGCAGGGGCCCUACACCCUCGAGAUGCUCCCCAACCCGGCCGCCGGCGGCGCGUACGGCGGCUACGGCGCCGCCGCGUUCCAGCGGACCAAGGACGAGCCGCGGGACGACCUGUUCGUCGAGUCGCUCCUCUGCUGAGCUGUAUAGUACACCACACAUGCCGUAUUUCCCGCUCACCGUACGUGUACGUAUACCGUACGUACACGCGUCCAUGCCCUGCCCUGCCCAACACGGCAAAUACGAUGGGUAUGGUAUACCUUGUUGCAUACGCAUAUACAUACUCGUACACUCGGUAGUAUACUACUAUACUACAUACAGCAGCAGUAGGUAGCUAAGCUUAGGUGUAGGGAGAGUGAAGUGAGAUCCCAUUUGUUGAUUCGUUUGCAGGCCACUUCCACGUGGGGCCCACCGGAAGAACAGUACACACACGCAUGCCACACGGCGAGUAGAGUACACGUAGCUCUGUGCCCUUUGAUGCUCACAAAGUCAAUAAGACUGAUGAAUUUUUCAUUUCUUAA